UCGCGCCAGAGAAAAAGAAAGGGAAAGGCGCUUCGCUUUCGACAGCGGCCUGCGAAUUCGAAGGGGGCAGCGAACCGCGGAGUGCGCUUGGUCGUCGCAGACGAGUGAGGAAGAAGAAGAAGAAACGGACGAAGGCGUUCGAGCGAGAGGGCUCCCCGGCCCGAGAAUCGAGAACGCCGCGACGAGGAAGAAGUGGCGCACAGUCAGUCAAGUCUCUCCCGCCGCCCGAUGCUCCAGCUGAAGAAGAAGAGUCACGCCGCUCGACUGAACGAGUGAAGAUACGGCAACGUGAACUGAAGCGGGUUUUGCGUCUUCUUUCUCUCCGGUGCGGACUACUACUACUGCUGCUGCUACUACUACUAGUGUUAAAGCCUCGGGGCAUCGUUUGUCGGUGAUGGCAUCGUCGUCGAGUCUCAGUCGACGCCGCACGUACCACUACCACGGUUUCUGAGGGAGAUGGCAUCGCCGUGAGGCGCACCCACCGCAAGAUAUGAAAGCGGUCGUGGCACUGCUAGCGGCCUGCUGCCUAGCAGCCAUCUGUGAUGCGGGACACAUAAUCCCGUGGCUACACAUCAGCAAGAGCAUAUUUAUCAAGCCUCCCACACACAGGGUGAAGUACGUGUACAAGGAGAUCCCGAUCUACAAGACCAUCCCGGUGUACAAGACCAUACCCAUAUACAAGGAGGUCAAAGUGGUCAAGGAGGAGCACAAGGACGAGUGGCAAGACGAGCACAAGGAUGAGUGGCAGGACGAGCAGCCCACGUACUCGGGCGGCUGGAAGCAGCAGUCCGGAGGCGGAGGUGGCUGGGCAUCGCCGGGAGGCUGGGAGUCGUCCGGUCCGUGGGAGUCCAAACCAUGGGAAUCAAAGCCAUGGGAAUCUAAGCCUUGGGAAUCUAAGCCUUGGGACUCGGGGCACCCACAGGAAGCGGAAGUGCAUUACGAGGAACCGGAAGUGCACCACGAGGAACCAAAAGUCCACCACGUACACACGGAGCACCACACAGUCAAGCACGUCUCGCUGCGAGACCUGCUGCCCAAGUGGAUCAGCCUCACAGUCGCGCUCCACAAGGACUGAAGGCACCCGCGUAUCACAAUCCAGUCAGAACCCUUCUGGCAGCUCUAUAAGUCAUCGCCAGCCUUUCAGAUGUGUCCGGGGAAAUUCCGGAUGCAGGGAGCUGACGCGUUGACCUGCACGCUCGUCGACAGUGGAAGAAGGGGUUGCAUGUCCGGAAACCGGAGACCAAAGAUGAAAGGAACGCGGAUAGCGACUCCAUCCAAGGAGACAGAUUUGAAGUAUUGAAGUUCUUACGGUGGCGUGCCCGAUGUGCCCAAAAACUGUUGAGUGUGAUCCGUGUUCGCCACAGCCAAACAGACUCGAACAAAGCUGCACAGUGCGGCGAAAGCCGGCGCACGCCAACUUCCUCUCAGUCACUAAAGACUCACCGGCGAACCGGAAGCCGACGACUUCGUAACGACCAAUUAAUUCACUCUUAAGUAUUCGUCAAGUUAAUCUUGAGCCUCAUUGGAGACGAUACUUUCCGCUCUCAAUGCGUUUUAACGAUGCACACAAUGUCAGGUAACGUAACACAAUGAACUGACACCAGGACAAGGGGACGAACCAGUGGUCACCUUGACAUACGUCACGAGAAGGCAAGGGCAAGAGACGUCGCGAUGAACUUCGGUGUAUUUCAAGUGGCUAACCGAAGCUUAGUAAACUGUGAAUGUAGGUAUUCCAUCAACGAAAAAUGAAAAAUAAUAGGGCCUCUCUUAAGCUUGGCAGCAAACAAUGAUGCGAGGAUUAUAGACGAUUAGACGUACUAGAAACAUUUCAGGGCUUUCAGACAAAAAAGCAUUCGCCUAACUCCACGCUUCAAUUCGCGUGAAGUGUGAAUGAUGUGGCUUUAAAAGGUUGUACUUUUGCACCGAAGCACUGUAAUAAUUCCCAAACAGCAGCACAUUCCUCACAUUUUAUUUGUGCACCUUCGGAAUAGAACACUAUGCAACCGCGUACCACGUCUAAAAGAUUAUUAGCCUCUCUCUACCCCAUCAGUAAAACGAAUGCAUGGUCUUGACAUUUCAGUGUGAUAAUGAAGGAAGAAAGACGCCGACACAAAACAAGAAAAAAAUCUAGCUUCGGCUUCGACUUAUAUAUCUCAAUUUCAUGAUGAGUCGCUUAAAGGUACAUUUACUUUUUUUAACAUAUUUUUUCGUUCCAUCAAAGACUGCGCAGGCGCAGUAAAAGAAAUUAUGACUCGCCCUCCGUACUAAAGCUCAAGCCACUACGCACUUUUCUACAACACUUACUCCACUGUGAUAACACCACCCUACUUGGUGAAAGGUUAGUGCUUCUAAUAUUCGCCUAUAUCUGUACCUGACAAGUAGACGCAUUUCACAAGCCUUCGCGCGCUAACAACACAACUGCCACAGCUUUAGAAAGUCCCGAGAACGUGCCACGAAAAACGCUUAUAUAUAGCUUCGCCAAAGUGAUGCCUUAAAGAUAGCCACAGUAUUUAUUGCUAGUUAGUCUGUACACGCUAAUCUCGCUAACUAGACAGUUAUAACGUGCAUUUAAGGGCAGUACGAGUAUACUGCCACGCCAAGCCUUCGCAUGCAGUGUGCGCACGUGUUAAAAGCCUCACUCACGUGAAGCCCCACUGACGUAAAUACAACGACGCGGCAUUUGUAAACUGCAGUAAUGUUUACAUACACCUCAUUAGCAGUCUCCUUACGAAACGUCCAUUGUGUGCGUCUCAAGUUUUUCAAUUCAUUAUCUUGACUAGUCCUUCGCUCACGGUUUUCUGACCGCCCCCUGUGACGUCACUUUUUUUUCCCAUGAACGUGCACGUGUGUAACUAUAUGAAAACGCAGAGCAAUACGGCAAUAAAAUGAUAAUGAAAAACUCG